CUGAGGUAUAUUGAGCAAAGAGGUAGAGAAACAAAAGGUAGUAAUGGAGGAGACAUCAUCAAGGAAAGAGAUGACAAAGCCAGGAGCUCCUGCUGCCAUAAUCAACUACCCUUCAUUUCUUCAGGUGGCUCUUAAGGCUAUUCUCAAGUGUUUGGGCAUUGAAAACAUGAUGCAACAAAACCCUUGCACGGACGGCAAAGUUAAUGAAGCAGCUGCAGCUUGUUGCCCUGAAUUUUCAGCUACUGAUCAACAAGCUGCAGAUCCUCCAACAAUAACAGCCACAGAUCCACCAACAGACGCUCAAGCUGAUCCUCCUACCUCUUCCACCACGGAGGACGAUGCCCCAGAAAGAGUUUCUCUGGCGGUGCCUCCAAGACCAGGAACAAGCAGUGGAAGUGGUCCUCAGAUAAAUUAAUUCUGCUUAUCGAAUAACUGGACAAGCUUAAUUGCUACCACUCCAAGUGGUUAACAAAUUUAAUGACUUUUUCUCAAGUUUCAUCUUUUCCUUUUAUUGUAUUUCUGUUAUGAGUUUGUGUGAUGCUAGUCCAACUAUAAAUCAAUGCAUGAUUU